AGAUCCAGCUAUUAAGUUUGGGCGUAGAACCCUUGAGUGUGACAUCAUUUUGUAAGUCCUUGAGCUAUACUGUCUUUAACAUUGUUUAUCUAAUCACUUACAAUGAAUCACUUUGGCAGCAUGGAUGGAACCUGUGACUUAUCAAAUAGAAGUCAUCGGGCAGUACCUUUGUUUUUUUUUAUUUUUUUAUUUUUUUUAUAUAGUUUUUUCUUUGUGUAAUUUCGUUAUCUACAACUUGGUUAGACUGUGUGUGAAAAACGUCGAGUCUAGGUGACACUAUCCUGCUGAAUAAUUCUAACCACUGGCCAUCAUCAUGACUUCCAACGUCAGUUUGUCAUUAAAAUUCGGAAGUGUGCUUUCAACAGUAAACAGCAAACCAUUGCCUUCUUAUGGCAUUGUUCGAACUUUAGCCCCCUGUAUCAGGGAGGUAAUGGGUUAGACGGAGAACAUGAAAUUUUCUCGUGACUACAACGAGAAAAUAGAAAUUAAUUGUUGAAUCAAUUUUAGGUCAAAAAUUGGGGGCCAGUUUAAACACGCCCCAUUUCCAUACAUUCCCCAAUAUAAUCGCGUGCCCACAAACAACUCAAACUAGUCUUCACGCUGACACCUAUGGAGCUGUUGUAAAGAAAACAGUCCAUUGUACUUACUGCCUACGUAUUUUUUUCUUUUUGUUUUAGAAGAAAGGCCUGUUUCAUCCAUAGGCGUCUGCCAAAAUGCAGCCUUUUCGAAGGGAAAGACACAACAAGCCCCACAAGUGCAGGAGCUGCCCCAAGUCGUUCAAGAGUUCUAAUGGUUUGAAAUACCAUUUGGAUAAGGUUCACAUUGAUGAGAAAAUCAAGAUGGAGACUGAAUGUGCAGAAGGUACAAAAAACAUUUUCGGCAGCUCUUUAUUUUUAAGCAUAACAAGCCGGGUUUUUUAUACUUUGAUCUCAGCAAAGGUAGUGUCCUUACACCAGCGAUUGUCACUGAUAAACCCAGAGCAUACACUAAGCUACAGUUCGUAAAGUGCCUCGAUCAAAACUAAGAAAACUAAAACUGCAGGUAUAGCUUUUUAUAGCUGCCAAUUCUCAAGCUUACUUUCUAACGGUAUAACCUGCCGCCAGUUUGUUCCUAGUUCGACUUCUCAUCCGCCUGAUAAGGGCGGAUCCUUAUCGCACACAGCAGACAGCUGAUCAGUGUCUCUUUCCUAACUGCGGUUAGUUCGCUUGUCAUCAAUUCAGUAAAAUAAUGGUUAAGUCAUGAUACAGUUUAUAAUUGUUAACUAGUGAUAUUUUAAAUGGCUUAUAAGUUUAUCAAGAUCUAGAUAUAUAAAUCAUCAAGGUAUUCUGCCUUGCGUUUGUUGCUUUUCGGUCAUAUUCCUAAAGCUUCGAAUGAGGUAGUUUGCUUCAAUUUCGUGAUGACCAGUUUUUGGUGACUAAGAUUUCCCAAACAAUACUUUUGAACAUGUUUUCACACCUUUAGAUUUUAAAAGAUACCAGAGAUGUCACUCCCUUCUAGACCGAGACUUCAGCUGAUAAGAUCUAUCAGUGACGAGACAAAGUGCCAAACAAAAAAAAUAUAAUAAUAGUAAUAAAAAAAAGCAUUUGCAAAGUGUCUCAGAAUUGUCCCUCCAGCGCUAGUAUAAAUCAAACGCUGCUUUUUUGUUGUCCUGUGUUUUAUUUAGUUUUCUUUUGUUUUGCCUCUUUUUUAAUCAUUGUAUUAGAUUGUAUUUCGACGAGUCCGUUGGCUCUCUUUUCUAUUGUUUAAUCACAAUUAUAAAAUUCAAUAAAAAACUAGUCACAAUCAACUUUGAGAGCAGUAAGUACAAAAAAGAUUUUCAUCUUUCUCCUCCAAAUAUUUUGUUAGUGAGCCAUGUAAACAACUCAAGGAAAUUUUGAACACGCCCUCGAUUGUGCAAUAAAAGGAAUUACUCAUGUUUCCGCGCUCCUUGGAGGACUACGCUUGAUAUUUUUAGGUGAUAAAAUGGCUAUUUUUGGUUAUCAGAUCGUAAGGUCUAGUUCAAACUAUAUCUACUCGUGAAGCGAAAGUACCGGCCCACAAACAUUUCUUUCAAAGGCCAUUGGUGAGCUUGCCAAGUUUAGGAUCCCUACAGCGAUAGUCUCAUGCCAAGUGUUGAGAUGUGCUGUGGUUAAUCUUUAGCCAAGCUUUAAGGGGAAUUUCCCUGUUAUUUCAUUUCUUAUGAGUUUUGGUGAUUCAGAUGGUGUUUAUCGUAUUUAUUAACCCACAGAUGAUGAAUAUGCCCGGGCCAGACAAUUUAGUGGUGGCUGUGAGGGAUGUUUCUUUUUGUCAUCCAGUGCCCAUUUAUCUGUCACGCGCCUUUUGGGUUUUUGUUCGCUUUGAAAAGGAACUCGUUCAAAAAAGCUCGAACUAAUGGUUCAAUUUUUUUUGGCUUUUGUUGGUGUUGUUUCCAAUCUGUAAUCCCCAUUAGGAAGAAAAAAAAAAACAAUGAAAAGGAAUAAACAGUUGGUAAUACUAAAUUCAACAAUCUUCCGAGAAGAAGAUGAACGCCAUGAGUAUGAUUUUUAGCUUAAAAUUCAUAACCUUAUUUAAGCUUGAGACAACUUACCAAUGACACGGUCAGUUUCUGAAAGAAUGUUAGUCAUUUGUUUUUAUUGUCUUUCCUUCUUUCUUUCUUUUUUGUUUGUUUGUUUUGUUCUCUCUCUCCCUCUCCGUUAAUAGCUUCGCCAUUGUUGAACUUUGCUAUCCGGAAAGAAUCAUUUAAUAUAAUUCAGUCUUUUGACAGCUGACUUAAAGGCACUUAAAAGCAUCUAAAGGCCAUCUUUGAGUGUGAUUAUUCCAGCUCACAAAUGUUGUAAAUGUAAAGUCAAGUAGAGAAGAGUUUAUUAAGCUUUUAAUUGAGUCACUGGACGCAGGGGUGACCCCGUCCUCCUUAUCAUGCGAUAAUGUUCUUUAGCACUAAAUUUCACCCAUUUUACCAACUUAGCUGAGUUUUGCGAAAGUAAUGGUUGGAGUGAAUUUAUUAAUUAAGAAGUGCCUCUGUUUUCUAACAAAGUAUUAGUACGCUUCCCGAAAUUACAAUAGGUGAGAAGAUCCCUACGUCCGUUCAGGAAAAGAAUUUCCCUGAGAUGAAAACUUUCACCUUUUUCUCGAGCUCCACUUCUCCUGGCGCGUACUCGCUAGCAGAUCGACUACGAUUAUAUUCGAUGACUUUGGCCGCUUAGGACUCAAGGCUUUCAGUUAAAAAAACACGAUUGAGAAAGAUUUGUUUGCAAAUCCCUGAUAUGUCUCUACAUGCAGAGAUCUUUACUUUUUUAUUCCUUUGUUUACUUCAGACUUAAAGGCACUUUCUACACAACACAACACUUUUUCCACAACUUGUCUCAAUCCCAUCUCAGAGUUUUUAGCAACACAGUGACAAAUGGAAAAAAGAAUAGUUAUUAUAACAAAAUAGAAUGAAAGAAAAGAGAGAAAAUGUUGCUGCAUUUGUUCAUGUUGAUCUUUUUUACUUAGUUCUCGACACGUUCAUUAUUGUGGUGUUUUGUCAAAAUAUUUGUAUGUCUAUCAAAUUUAUAGACACAUUCUUGGAUCUCUGAUUUCGUCUUGUUCGACAUUUCUUAAGGGAUUAAGCAUCCGACCUGUUUAUCAUGCGGGAUACAAAGAAGGGGAAUUAAUAUAAACAGCUUCUUAAUGGUGUCGAAUUUUUGUUUUCUACGCAGAAAAACCGAGAGGAAUGCAAAACAAACCUCGGUCUAUUCCUCCUGCUUUGGACUUGUCUCCAGAGGUCAACCUGCUCAAAGAAUUUGCUGUCAUUGCCACAAGUCCUCAGAGCCCAUUAGUGCAAGAGGUCAGCGGUGAAAGCAUGGAUGUCAGGUGCAGCGAUGGCGAUAUUUCCCAUCCUCAGGUAACAAACCCAAAGCAAAUGGUAUGUCGUCUUCAUUAAGUAGCUGUGUUGAAAUUUGGCACAAACGCAGUGAAUUCUGAGGAAUAUUUUUGGUCGUACAUUUCUUCUCUUGGAUACUGAGAAGUUUUCCUUAUAAAGAGUGUGCAACUCUGAUAUUUAUUGACAGACUCAUUUGCGCAAAGAAUAACUUAAGUAUGCUUAUUUAAAGUAAAUAGGAAAUCAGUGAUUUUUAGUAAUCUAGCUUUUCAUUCCCUUUGAUACUGGGGACUAUGCUCAAAUAACAGUGAAUAACUAUUAUAUUAGUCGAUAGUACCAUUUUCGCAAAGAUCAUACGGGCUAAAGUACGUUUCUGUAAACUGAAUAAAAUAUAAUGAAAAUGACUAGGGGGUAGAUGGGAAGAAGGGAAGAUUGAGCAAAUGUCUUACAAGUCGUAAGUGCCACUUUCGCCAAUCGCUCCGUCAAGCACCCCGGAGGGGCACCGUAAAUCCUCUAGUAAGCCAGCUUCAGAGCCCGUUACUCAUUUCUUACCAUCAUCUUGCUAGGAUUUUCAACCCAGAGAAUGGCCAUGUGUCUCACAGUACAUCCCAGAUUCUCCAACGCAGACACUAUUGCAAGCCUUGUCUGCGGCGAAAUGGCGAUGCUUUUUGGCCGCGACCCGGAUAAAUUUCCCAGAUGAAGACGGAUGGACCUGGAAAACCGUAGAUGACAUUGGGGUGGAGGGAAUAUCCGAGGAUCUCUUCCAACAUGGACUUCGGGUGGUCGGUAUGGAAAGGAUUAGCAGAAGACAUGACGAAAACAGCGUAUGUUGUCUUUUUUUAUUGGAAUUUUGUAAAAAAAAAUGUUUUCAUUUCGUAAAAAAGCUAGUGGGAAGUGUCUUCAGUAGUGAAUUUUGAAGUGCUACACUAUCAUGGGCGGAUUUAGGGGUUGGCUGAGGGGACCGUUGCCGCCCCUUUGCCUGUCAAAUUUUUUAUUAUGUUUGAAGACUUCUAAGUAAAAUAAAUAGUAUCUAUGUAGCUGGUAAGCGUCCGCCGCUUUCUGAAUUUUCUGGAUCCACCCCUGUACUUCUAAUUAUUUCCUUCAAGAACUCGAAUUUAACCCGUAAAAUGGUUAUUGUGUUACGUGUCUCAAUAUCACAUUAACAUUAUGGUCAAUUGUGCAGAAAAAUCACCGAGUUGUUCCUUUUCAUUUGCUUUAUUUUCAGGAUGAGUUUAUUGUAUCUUUCCAAUCGUGCAACAACGAGCAGACGAGCCUACAGGCUGAGAUAACCACUGACCAUCCAUUCUACGUUAAAGGGAAAGAUGGGGAAUUUUGGGCGUCACUCAAUCCUUGCUCAAGCGAGUUACACCACGGAAUAAGCUGUCAGCCGCUUGAAUGCGGUGAUGUUUGUAUGUUGCCGUAUGGUCGGGAUGUUGUCGGAUACCUUAGUGGGACGCAGUGGGAUACCGACAAAACCUCGUAAGUACUGGCACCCGAAACGCAAUUCCCCUUUCACAUAUACCUUAUGUCUUACAGUAUUGUCUUAUUUCCUCUCUUUGUGUAGUAUAGAAUAACGUUCUUGCCCGUCUUGGCAUGUCUUCCCUAUUCGAGAAACUAGUAGGGGAAUGGGUACAAGCCAGGAGCCCAUAAUUGGGCCCAUUAUGGGCUCCUGGUACAAGCUGUGGGCGCUACGAUUUCUGGGAUCAUUUGGGUGGGCAAGCGUUACUUAUGAUUGGUUAAUAGUUGCCUUGAAGACCAUCGAACAAUCAUAACUAACGCUUGUCUUGUCCACCCGAAGGAUCCUAGAAGUCACUGUGCCCAAAGCUUGCACCCAUUCUCCCUAUAGCAGUUUCUGAACUGGGAAGUUUACGAGAUGGAUGUCACGAAACUGAUCAAUCACAACUUAUUUUCAGGUCUGAGUUCACCGCGAUGUCAACCGCUGCACUGACGCUGAGCUGUAUGGCCAAGGUUUGUAAGUCUUUUAAGUUUUGGUGAGGGUUAACGCAAGGGCCAUAAUACACCCACAUUUAGCGAAUACAUGUACAUGAUAAGUUUAUUUCUUUGUGUUCUCAAGGAACGCAAAAUAUCUUUCAUGACAUUUUAUGCCAACUUUUAUCCUUAAGGUUCUCUAUAGUACCCUUCUUUCAACCUGACACCUCGUGACUACAGCAUUUGAGACAAUUUUGGUACCAAUGUUAGGUUUUAAAUUUAUUUCAAAUAUAAAAGGAUAAACAAGAGCACAGACAUCGCCGAAGCAAGCUUCUCUCUGAGUCACGAUGUCCCGGAAGCAUAAUGAAAAGAAGCAGCAUGCAACAGUUCUCUAAGAGACCUAUGAAUGCCUUCAUGCUAUUUGCCAAGCGCUUUCGAGUGGAAAUCACUCAAGCCCAUCCUGGAAAAGACAACAGGUAAGAAAUUUGGUGGGCGCAAAUCCCAAGGUCUCUUUAACAAAACAAUUAUCAUAUCCUACUGUCAUUAUUAUUAUUAUUAUUAUUAUUAUUAUUGCUCCAGUGAGAAAUCUGACUGAAAGUAAAGUUUUCCAAAAUUGGUUUACAUUUUGGGUAACUGGACAACUGGAAAGACCUCCUGGCCAAACACCGUUUACUUUGACUUGAAAUACGAGAUCAAACGAAUUUGUAGUUGUCGAUCAGUUUAAGUCAUCCCAAUAGUAGUUGGUGUACUGGGAGCAGUAUCGAGAGGAUUUGGAGGGUGGCUGAGACAGUUGGGAAUGCCACAUUGCAUGGAACGUUUAUCGCGAGGACCUCACUGGUGCGCUGCAUACUUAAUCAUAUUAAGGACAGAACAGAUGACACGGAGUAUCCUAGGUCACAGGCUGUGACCCGAUACUCUGCAACAUAUCUUGCAUAACGAAAUGAUAGACCUAUAAUAAUGAUAAUUAUAAUGAUAAUGAUAAUAAUAUACUAAUAACGACAUCGAUAAUAUGUUAAAAAGACGAAAAAUAAAAAAAGAAAAUUAAAUAAAGAAAUCUGGGGUGGCUUGGUUAUACUUUUGACAUUGUGUAAAAACCUGAAGUGUAAACUCUUUUAUCAGAGCAAUUAGUGUGAUCCUUGGUGACAAGUGGAAAGCAAUGAAGCAAGAAGAUCGCAAAGAAUAUGUGAUACAAGCAAAGCUCUUGGCAGAUGAACACAAAAGAGUUAAUCCAGACUGCUGGAAAAGGAAACGAAACUCGGAGGUAACUGGCGUUCAAUUCCAUUAG